AUGGGACUAUCAGGAAACGAACACGGACGCAAUGUGGUAGCGAGAGGGCAUGUACCGCUUGACGUGGAAGGGUACCCUGCCGCGCCGCCGGAAUUGGAGCUGCAGCAGGUGCAUAUAUACGUCCGGCACGGCGAGCGCACUCCCGUCGGCGUGCGUAUGGCGGACCCGCCCGCGAACAUCCCCGAGCACUGGAUGUUCUGCAACACGGCGCGGCAGUUCCGUGCGGCGGUCUCGAGCGCGACCGCAGAAGAAGGGCAGAACCUUUUGUUCCCGGCGGUGCAGACGGGGCCGGCGGCGGAGGAGUUACGGGCGCGUCGGGUUGUGGAACGGAGGGACGGCUCCACUGCGGUCGGUGAAUGUCUACUCGGAGAGCUGACUGAUGUCGGCCGUGAGUCGACAUACAAUUUCGGUAGCUCUCUCAGGAAGCUAUAUGUCGAUAAGCUCAAGUUCCUGCCUGACGUCGUUAACUCGAAUGACGAACUCUACUUGCGCUCAACGAAUAUGCCGCGUACGAUCGAGUCGCUGCAGCAGAUCACUCACGGCCUGUACCCCAUGACAAAACACGCAAAGGAUUUCGUACCUUUGCUCAGGAUACGGAACGGCAAGGAUGAGAAUCUAUUUGGGAACACGAUGGCUUGCAAGCGUCUCGAAGUCCUUCAAAUCGGCUUCGCCCAUGCUGCUGCCGCCGCCUGGAACACGACACUAGAACCUCUGGACAAGAAGCUCUCCAAGUUUAUCGGCGGGAAUCCCGUUCGUCUGGACGGCAAACCCCGGGCAUCGGGCAUAUUGGAUACAGUUCGUGCUGCAGACGCGCACGGCGUGAAGGUGCCUUCAGAGUUCAAAGAAGCAGGCGUCUUGGAUGUGAUUGAGAAGGCUGUGGUCCAUGAAUGGUUCGCAGGGUACCGCACUGAGGAAGUACGCAGACUAGGAAUGGGCCCGCUUCUCAGCGACCUUGCGCAGAAAAUGCAAGCCAAGGCAGAAAACAGCGACGCCAAUGUCGCGAAGAUUCUCAUUCACAGCACGCACGACACCUGCCUAGCUGGUCUCUCCAACACACUGGACAUAUUCGACGAGAGAUGGCCUGCUUUCACCGCUGCCGUUACGUUUGAGCUGUUCAAGAAGCACACGCCAGCCGUCCAGCCCGCUUCUGCGUGGCAAAACGUGCUGUCGAUGUUCGGCCGCGAUCGAGAACCGACGGAGCACUACGUCCGCGUCCGCUAUCAGAACCAAGACAAGGCUCUGCCUUUUUGCGCACAAGAGGGCAAGCAUCUCCCGGGCUCGCCCGAGUUCUGCACUCUUGCAGCGUUCCGUGAGCGGGUGCUGGAGCUCACGCCGACCAACUGGGAGGCGGAAUGCGCGUAUACGCCCGUCAACAAGCUCAAGGAGCGCGAGGAAAUACAAGCGGCUGCUGCGCUGGUCAUUGCGAAGCCGUGA